AUGGCUAAAUAGUUUUACUUAAUUUUUUCUGAUAAAAAAAUAAAGUUGAAAAGAAAAGAAUAUAUACUUGGAAGGAGCAAGGCUUAGGCAUCGAUACUAAUUAAAAGUGAAUCAAUUAGCAGACAACAUGCGAAAUUGAUUGUGGGCAAAUCUAGUAUCACCAUAUAAGAUUUGGGAUCUGCUAAUGGAACUGAAAUUAACAAUAGAGCAAUAAAACCAAAUUAAUUAGUUUUGUUGAGGGAAGGAAUGAAAUGA